CCCAAACUGUCACCGCUAUUCAGUGUACGUGGAUUUUUAAGUCAACUCCACGGGCCCAAAACACGAAAUAAAACAGACUCCCAAUGAGAAGCGAACACUGAAGCGACGCAGAAUUCCCCAGCAAGCGGUUCUCCCCAGCCAGUUGACAGUCGCAGUGUUCCAGCAGUUAUUUGGGUCAAUUAGAUGUGCCUGUGCCGCAGCCAGAGCUGAUAAUCUCGAGUCCACCACACUCCCCUGCCCCUGCCCCUGUGACCGCGUCCGUGUCCGGUCGAUUGCUAUAUAUACAAUAUUGAUAAUGGCCCACACUCGCCGUCCCAGCGACGGCCUGCUGGCCCGUGUGAACUUCCCGCUGUACGCCGUGGACAUGCUGACCAGUCGCCACAUCCUUGUGGCCGGAGGCGGCGGCUCCAGUAAGACCGGAGUGGCGAACGGUUUUGAGAUCUACGAGCUGUACCACAACGGUAGCCACUUCUGCGCGGAGGAGGUGCUGCGCCACGAGACGGGCGCCAACGUGGUCAUGAACUUCGCUGUGCGCAACGGAGGCCGGAGGGGCUACCUUUGUGCCGGCCAGGAGGCGCACUGCCAAAUGUACUACGUCCAGCCGCGCGUUCAGUCCGAGGAGGACGGAAAUGGAAACGGAAACGGGAACGAUGAAGGAAAGCCAGCGCCGGCAGAGCGGCCCCAUGAGAACGGCAACUUGCGGCAGCGCAACGCGCACUCGGGAGUGGAGCCGGUGGCCAACGGGCAUAAGCCACCCCUGUCCGCCAACGAAAUACUGCGUCAGUUUCAACGGCUGCACUUCGACAUCCAGGCGGCGGAUGUAGUGCAGACGGACUUUCUAAAGGGGGCCGAGCCUCUGCAGCGCGUGGUGCGCAUUAGCGGCAACGGCAGGCUGAUGGCCACUGGCGGCACGGACGGAAAGCUACGCGUCUGGACGUUCCCCCAGAUGACCCUGGCAGGCGAACUGGCUGCGCACAGCAAGGAAAUCGAUGACCUAGACUUCAGCCCCGACAGCAAGUACAUUGCCAGCAUCUCCAAGGAUGCUCAGGGCUUGGUGUGGGACCUGGGCAGCGGACAGCUGCAGCAUAAGCUGCAGUGGAAAACGCCCGAGGGGGCCAAGUACCUGUUCAAGCGGUGCCGCUACGGAACGGUGGAGGCCCAAAAGGACCACUACCGACUCUUCACCAUCGCCAAUCCGCUGGGCAAGGUGGGGCGGCAGCGCGGAUUCCUGCAGCACUGGGAUUGUGCCAGCGGGCAACUGCGGCAGUCUGUUGCCAUCGACGAGAGCCUUUCGUCGCUGGCGGUGCGAGACGACGGGCGGUUUGUUGCCGUCGGCACGAUGUUUUCGGGAAGCGUUUCCAUGUACAUAGCAUUCAGUCUGCAACGCGUGCUCCACAUUCCCCAUGCUCACUCUAUGUUCGUGACGGGCCUUCAGUUCCUGCCUAUCACCAACGAGGAGGGACCGCCCAUAUCCAGCGACUCGGAAGCAGCCGUUCUGUCCAUUUCGGUGGACAACAAAGUCUGCAUCCAUAGUCUGCCCCAAAGGCGUACAAUCCCCGCCUGGAUUGCCAUCGCCUUUUUGAUCGUCAUGAUUUUCGCUGUGUUUGUGCUGUGCUCCUACAUUGGCAUAUGAUGGCCAGUGGUCGGAAAGGCGCUCAAUCAUUUUGCAUUAUUAGUUUUUAAACAGGGUUUAGUUUUUCAAUAAGCCACAAGUCCCCUCAACACUCCUUUUCAUCCCACCCGCCCUCACGUUAAUUAAUUUAAGUGUACAGUUUGUGCCGCAUGCCUUAUCUCUUAAACUAAUUGCAAUGUUUGCUUAGUUGUAUUAUUAUUUACUUAUCUCUGUGGCUCCCGUAAAUGAAGCGAUGCUCGUUGUACAUGAUUUUUAAAAAACUUUGUUAUUUAAUUAAAUUACAAAAGGCAAAGAGGUUUAUGAACUGCCGCAGUAGAUUUAGCAUUUAAACAAAAUGUAAAAUCAAUUUUAUAAUUAAAAUGUUAGAUAAUCGAACUGUGGUGGGUCUAACACACCGAUCUUAUAGUCACAAAUGAAUGAUAUAUAAAGCCAUUCAGCAAAGAAAA